UUGUGUUGUGCGAGCUAUUAAAGGACUGCUGUUGAAAAAACCCCAAAGUUUUUACGCAUUCUCCAGUCCAGUAUUUCCUCUCAGUGUGUCCCACCUGCAAGUGUUCCUAAUGAAUUGUCCGGUGGUUGAGGAGAGUUUCCCCCCCAAGACGUCACGUGGUCCAGCGGUAGAGAGGAGGGGACACAUCCGCGCAUGUGCAGCGCUAAGAGGAGGGGACACAUCCGCGCAUGUGCAGCGCUAAGAGGAGGGGACACAUCCGCGCAUGUGCAGCGCUAAGAGGAGGGGACACAUCCGCGCAUGUGCAGCGCUAAGAGGAGAGGACACAUCCGCGCAUGUGCAGCGCUAAGAGGAGGAGACCCAGCCUCCCUCAAACUUCCCAUGGCGUGUUUGUGCGCCGCCUUGUCUUCUGCUGGACGUCGCAGCUCCUCGCCUCAAGAUCAGCUCGGGAGCUGAAAAUGUCCGCCAGAGAAUCCCUGUUUUUAUUAACGGUGGUGAGUUCUACUAUCUUCAGCGCCUCAUUGGAAUGCCCGCCGCUUUGUACUUGCUCUAUCAAAUAUGGACGCCAUUUUGCUGAAUGCUCCUACAAAGACUUGGCCACAAUCCCAUCCGACCUGCCACACAAUGUCGCCACUCUCAGUCUCUCGGCAAACAAGAUCCGUACGGUACCACGAGGCGUUUUCGCCAACGUGACCCGGAUGAUGUCACUGUGGAUGGCCCACAACGAAAUCGUCUCUGUUGAGCCAGGAAGCGUCUCGACUCUGGUUCAUCUGCGCAACUUUGACGUCAGCCAUAACAAGAUAGCCGACUUUCCAUGGAGCGAUCUGCAGAAUCUGACUCGGCUGCAGCUGCUGAAGAUGAACCACAAUGAAAUGGUCCGCCUUCCUCGCGGAGCCUUGGCGGACCUCAAAGACCUGAGGUCCGUCCAUCUCAACAACAACAAACUUCUGACCAUAUCAGAGGGGACAUUCGACUCCUUGACUUCUCUGUCCCAUUUGCAGCUCUUCAACAAUCCUUUUGCAUGCACUUGUUCACUCAGCUGGUUCAGAGAUUGGUUCUUGACCUCCACCCUCUCAGUCCCCAAAAUGAACCUAAUGACUUGUGCUACUCCAAAGGAACUUAAAGGAGAGAUGAUUGUGAACUUAGCUGAGUCCAAAUGCGCUCAGCCGACCGUCACAAUCAGGACUCAGCCACAGGUUGGCGACACAACUUUGUAUGAGGGCGAUGCUUUGGUCUUAACUUGUGACUUCAAAGGCAACCCGACGCCAUUGGUCAUGUGGAGUAUUCGCAGUCACCCGAAAGAACCUCCUCACUCCUUCUUGUCCCAUAGUCCGGUCCAAAUCUAUCACAAUGGAACCGUCAUCAUCUCACAUCUCAGCAAGGAUGACAGCGGCAACUACAGCUGCUCUGCCUCCAACAAGUUUGGUACGGCGAUUGACUCACUCUUAGUCAAAGUGUCCUCAGGGCCAACGUCUGUAGUCAUGACCGAUGCAACACAACAACCGGUCGUAACGGAAACAUCUGUGUUUGAUUCCGUAGCUGAGAGAAAAGAAGUCUUGCUUACCUCCUUUCCGACCGCAGAGAUCACCCCUCAGUAUUUUGAGGAGUCGAUAAGCCCGACCAAAUGCGGCUUGACUGCUAAAACGAGACAUGUUUCAAAUCAUGUCUUCAAUCGGAGCUUGGAUGACACCACUCAGCACGUGUUUGACUUCGGCAUCAUUGCGCUGGGGGUGUCAGAAACGGAGGUCACCGUAAAACUCAACCCUCUUCUAAUACCCAGAGACAGUAACUGGACUAUCGCAGUCUCACCAGAUAGUCCUCAUAAUGUCAGCCAAAAGCCUUACAGGCUUCCAGAGAACUCUGAAGAAUCCCGUUCAAGAGGGUUGUAUCUGUGUGUCACCCCUGACCGCAAAUACUCGCCUGUGCUGUGGUCACAGAUCAAAGAGGGCGUCAACACCUACCUACUCAGUGGUCUACGGCCAGGUACUAACUACUCCCUGUGUCUGACCUACAAAGGGGAGGUCUGUGAGGUUCAGGUGCUCUUCGCCACCAAAAGAAAAGUCCCUAACCUGGUCAUCAUAAUCACAGUCAGCAUUUGCCUUCUGACCGUGUCAACCGUCCCCCUACUUGGAGCCACAUGUUUCCACUUGGUGUACAAAUACCGCAGCAAGACGUACAAGCUGAUCCUGAAGGCCAGAGACCAGUACCAGAUGGAAAGGACGCUUGCCACUAACGUUAACGUCCACGCACUUCUAACCGAGUCUCAGGGGGACAUGGCCAUCAGUCAGCUGGAUGAGAGUGGAGAUGCGGAGAAGGAGGCGGACACGGAGGAAAGCAUAGUGACCGAGUCCGUCGCUUUGUCUCAGUCCAGAGGGAAUUUGGACGACUGCGAGGUCGGAUCGGAGUUCAGCGAGGGGCUUCCUUUGGGGGCUGAAGCGGUCAAUAUCUCCAGCAAGGACAACUAUGUGCAGUACAUCAGUGACUGUGAACUGGAGCUAGCAUAAAAUAACCGUGUUGCACUUUUAAGAUGUUAUUGUGCUUAGUGCCAGUGGUGUAUCAAAUUCUGUAGUUUUACAGAUAGCAAUCGACGUCCGCUGUUACUACUGCGUAGAGACUAAAGUCAAAUCAAACAGUACCAUAGUUCGAUGCCUCCGUUGCACAAGGCGUCACGUCAGUGCGGACUCAAGCGACACAGUUUAAACUGCCAACAAAGCAAGAAGAAGGCACUGGAAAGUACAGUAAGGUUCCGUUUUUGAAAAUGCACGAGCUCAAUGCUAAUUAGGGACCGAAUGUCCCUUUUGGGACAGAGGACCCUAUUGAAUUUGUAAGGUUUUAUUAUUAUUCUUUAUUAUACCACCACCUCUUUGAGUUGUAAUUUGACCCCUUUAACAUGCUUCAAAACUCACCAAAUUGGACACACACAUGAGGACUGCCGAAAAUUGCGAUCUAAUCAAAAAACCAAAAGUCAAAAUUGCGCUCUAGCGCCCCUUAGGAAGAAAACACGGAGACAACUGUCUGUAAUUUCCAGUAGGAACGUUGUAAAAACAUGAACCAAAAACCACUUUGUAGGUCUCAGUUAGAUCUAUAUUUCAUACACUCACACCCCCCGGCUAAAAUCAACAGUAAGUUUGCUAUUCGCACAUCAAUACAAAAGUUGGCUGAAAAAUUUCGGGGUUUUUUCAAACAUUACCUUCUCUGAGGCCUUUUGUCGUUUCGGCUUCAAACUACCACAGGAGAGAGAUUGAACCCUUCUGAUUAAAAGUUGAAGAAAUAGUUUUAAUUACUGCUACGGUUUUGAUUUUAUCAGCCUUCAAAAAACCGCUGUGCUGAAAACCAUUUCAAAGAUGGCCGCCGUGCGCAGUCACAGUGACGCAGACGGGUUUUUUUCCCCAUUUUUUUCCAUACCGUCUGCUGCUGUUGCGCACGCACCGACAUUCGUAAGGGGAGGGGCUGUGAUCGUUCAUACCAAGAUGGCUGCCAGGUGUUUUAAAGUUGUCGUUUGCCUGCAUAUCGUAAAAACAACCGUCCAACACUUUUUAUUUUGGGUACUUACAUAUGGUGCCUUACUGUUGUGGCGUUCUAAAGCUAUCUGGGCUUGGGUCGCGGGGGCAGCAGCCAAAGCGGUCCCGUCCAUCGCUGCUUGCAGCUUUAAUUUAGAUUAGAUUUGCUGUAGACGUGCUACUGAUGAGCAUUAGCAAUUUUACAUGGCAAUUUCAACACCUCCAAAUCAGUUAAUGGAGAACUGCAACUAAGUAUAACACUUACUGUUUAACAACGGCUUGGUGGAGACAACACUCUGUACGCUACUGCCAUCUAAUGUCUUGGAAUGGCAACUGCAUGCAAAGUCCACAAUAUGCAGUAUAGUACUUGCACAUGAGACACAAAAGUGUAAGAGAACAAGAUGACGAAUUGCCAGCAGAGCUCGGUGUUAAAUGUUAAAUAAGACAUGUAUUUAUAUACAAAGGUACAGAACAUUGUUAGUGUUGAGAACUGCUAUUGACUCCCAAGUACCAGGAAUAAGGGUCAGAUUGAUUGAAAGUUACUCAUGGCUAGUCUUAUGUUGACAUACUCCAGUCAGAUACGCACAAUCACUUACCUCCUCAUUAACUAAUUACCUGACCAACUAACUUAUCAACCCGACGGUGAUGAAUGUCGCAUUAAUUUUGCACAAAUAACUUGAAAGUAUGUGAUCCAAAAGUCACAAUUGUGUCGCCAUUUAGGGACUUUAAGACUUUGCUGCUCGUUGUUUUUUUAAUUGAUUGCCUCAAAUCUUGUCAGCGCCAACACAAAGGGGACCUAUGAUGAUUCUCAUCCACAUUCAAAACACUUUCUUGUACUUUUGAAGUAUUGGAUACGCUUUGGUGUCAAUUUUGCUCCAGAGUCAUAUAUUUAUAACCGUGCUUCUGCACGUGUCUGUUUGUGUUUGGAGCCAUUCCCUUUACAUUGCAAAUCUAGUGCGGCCCGACC